GCCCAUUCCUAACAAACCCUACAACCGCCGAUCAAAACACUAAGGAUAUGGUUGUCGAUUGCAUCCCCUACCACCAAAAGCACUCCGAAUACAACCUUCCUGUCUUCACGUGGUCACACGUCGGGAACCACAGAGGAGGCGAUGAAAGUUUCAAACAUAAAAGGCUCCACCAGACAGUUGACGAGCCGACCUAAAGGGGGAAAUAAAAAACCUCAAUUGGGAGGAACCAAUCCCAGAGAUAGAUCCACAUGCAAAACAAGUAAACCAUGGGGCCAUCCAAGGCCUUGGUCAGAGGAAAGUCGACCAAAUCAUUGCCACUCUGAGCCCUCGGCUAGAUCCUUCCUCGAGAGUGUCAUCCUUGCUCACAAGCCCCAUUAAUCUUCAUCCAGAACAACCAAGGUCCAUGCAUCUCCUAAUCAUCUCCAUUUUAUGGAUGAAACAUGUGGAGGUAGAUGGAGGAUCGGAGAGAAGCAAGCGAGCGACAACAUUGGUCCCCUCAAACACCUACUAGAAACAUAUCCACACGGAUAUGGGAUCUGGUGAUGCACGAAAGCACCUCCUCGUGGAGAUUGGAAAAACAUCACCAUUAGGGUGGAAGAGGAUCCAAAAAGGAGGAAACCAAACAAGAAAAUCAAAGCUAGAUGCAAGAAAAGGAGCAGAAAAACAACAGAAAAUCAAAAUACAAAAGAUAGAGGGAAGGAGAGAGCGACAAAGGACAUGAAAAGGCAAAGGAAAACGAGAGUCACCGCCUGUUCCAGAAGAAGUCGACGACAUCCCCGUGAAAUUCAAAAAUUGUGCCUUAGUGAGAAGGCAUAAAAAUGAGAGAGAAGAUAGCCCCACACACAUAGAAUUGAUUGCUUGAUCAUGAAUUGUAUGUAUAUGUGUGCAUACACAAUGAACCGAAGAAAUAUACUUAUUAAUCUAGUGUUGAGCUUUAAAAUGAGAUCGGUCAUUCAAGGGCUUUAAUUGAGUAAGUAUAUGAUGACUAAUUAACAUGAUUAUACGUGUUUAAAUGUAAGAUGAGAUAGUGUGGGUGCAAUCAAAAUGAUGUGUAGGCACUUCUUCAAGCAUGGUAUUAUAAUAAGCGGUUAAUCAAGUGAAGUAAAGAUGACUAAUACGGAUUCACGUGUUAUUUCUGAAUAAGCUAUUGAGAUGAAACAAUGUCGAUUCAUCUAAAGUGUUGCGUGACAGCUUCUUCAAUCAUACGCGACGAUGUGUGCGUUAGAGAAUAAAAAAUGCUCUGUAUAGACACCAGUGAGCGACUCGAAUUUUGUGCUAUUACGUGAUACCAUACAAUCAAUAAUGUAUCCAUUGAUAGAUAGAUCCCGACAAAAACAUCAACCCAUUGAAGAGCAUAACACAAACUUUGUGUUGAGUGAGGUACACACGAAUUCAUAUAUAGAUCGAUUUAAUCAAUACCAGAAACGAGAAAGCGAAAAAAAAUAUUCCAGCUCAUCAAUAUUUAAACGCAUCGAUUCAUUGACCGAUCAUACCACACGCACGAGAAUUCAAAAUUACUCCUGAAUUUACCGAUGUUCUUUAAGUUACAACCAUCUGGGCUGCGGAACAAGAUAUUUGGUUUGUAGAAUUUGGGUUAAAUUACAACCAUUUGGGCUGUGAAGGCCAAUCCAGGAUUGUAAAGGAAAGCCACCGUCCAGUCCGAGUAAUCCCAAGCUCGCCUAGGCGCCUAGCCGCCUACCACCGAAUCCUUUCUCCUCCGGCGCCGACCGCCGUUAAACUCCUUCAAUCCAGCAGUCUCUCUACGCCAUGGCGACGGAGAACUUUAUCUCAGAUCUGUACCGGCCGCUAAGGGAAUACCGUCACCGUUCCGCAAAGCGACGACGAGUCAGUCCACCACGUGCGAACUUUCCCCCCACGACGAUCAGCAAGCUCGGAGAGGAUCUCCUUGUAGAAAUUCUGAUUCGGCUCCCCAACCCUAGAUUCGCCUGCCGGUGCAAACUCGUCUGCAAGCGGUGGACCUCCCUGAUCUCCAGCCCUCGCUUCAACCGCCGCUUCGUUUCUCACCGCCAGACCAUGAACCUGACCCACCCACCUAUGCCGGACAAUCCGUACGAGCUUCAAUCGACCAUCCUCAGCUUUCUCCCUCCAAUGCCUCCCGGCGUUCGAGACAUUCUCAGAGUUAUGGAUUGCAACCAAGACCUGGUUCUGUGCGGGUUUUGGGAUCCAAAUUCCGACAAUGGGGAACGUUCCAGGUCGUACUUGGUCUGCAAUCCGUUUACCAAGCAGUGGAUGGCUCUUCCUUUAGCGCCCAGGAAGUCUGCGGCUUAUGACUCGCAGGUUGCAAGGUUAGUUUGUGAACCCCGUAUUUCUGUCGAGCUUGAUCUAGGAGAUGACCAAGCAUUUGUUUAUUCCGAGCAUCGCUUUCGGGUGGUGUGUACAUAUCAAACCACUCCACCAAAUGAGGCCAUUAAGAUAGACGUGUUUUGUUCCGAGUCUGGAGAAUGGACAAAGGAGGCUUUUGAAUGGGAUCGUUGUAGUGGAAUGGCAACGAAAGGUGUAAUUUCUUGCAAUGGGGAGUUGUUUUUGUUCUACAAUCGAAAUGGUCCCGACGGCAUGCACGCUCUGGUGGAUGGAUUUAAUCCUUUUCGCCUUGAUGUGCCUCCCACUCCAAUAGAUAUUUCUGCCUUCCUUGUGUAUACUCGGUUGUUUAUUUCCAGCUCAAAAGGCGCGCUGCACGUAGUUGCAAAGGGACAUGAAGCCAUGCCUGUUCGUUUGAGCGUCUGGAGGCUGGCAGAAGACCGUAAAUCUUGGAGGAAACAAUGCGAGGGGUUGGUGAACAAGACAUCAAUGUGUUGUAACUAUGAAGCUAGGGGCUGUUAUUCAUCGUUUCUGCAUCCACACAAGCCGGAACUGGUUUUCUUCAUUCCUGAGUAUGCUCGUGCCGAGAAUGCUUUAUUGUGCUGUGAUUUGGGGAGGGAAGAGGUACAGUUUUUCACUAAACUAGAAUCGGAGCAUGAUGACCUUCGUCUUCAGGUGUUCCAGCCUAGGGUAUCUUGCUGGGCUACUCCAAUUCCAAGGCACAAGGGGUUGCAAGGAAGUUAUGAUGAAAAUAGCUUAUGGGUUGAGAGCAGCGGGGAGGCCAGAACUCCCUUGUUCUACUCCCUCAAUAAUUGCAUUGAUCAGGUAUUGAAAUCGUCAGUGUACAAGGAUUAUAUAGAACGUGCAUUGGCGGAGGCAACUCUGAACCUAGUGGCUGAAAUCGUUCUGGGAAAGAGGAGCAGAAUCGGCGAGUUUGCUUCUCGACGAUGGUGGCUGCCUCGUUCUCCAGAUUUUGACCAUGAAUUGGAUAUGCUGGAAGCUGGUUUAAAAUCUCUUGGAGCUGGUAUGGCCAUUAUCCGCAAGCAGAGAGCGGAACUGAAACAGGCACUUCUGCGUGAAACGUCAGAGCUUCCCCAUCCUCCUUCAGGCCCUAUCGAAAGUGUCUUCUGGAGGGCGCUACCUUACAGGGGACUAAAGCAUAUGUUAAGGGGAUGGUUGCGCAGUUGGUUGACAACUACUUCUAGUAGCUAAAGAGCGAACCCAAAGUCGCGAUUAACCCAAUCCUCCGUAUUAUUAAUCAACUAGCUUUGUGAACGGCCAUUGGCCGUAUAAAUUUACAACUCUCGUAACGAAUACAUGAAAUUUAUAAUAAUUAAUUAUCGCUAUAGUUCAACUAUUUUGUGUACAAUUUGCAAAAUAUAUUUAUGUUAUUUUAGUGUAUUAUCCAAAUAUAAGUUUAUAGUAUAACCAAUUUUUGGGUUUAUGAGAGAUUAAGUUGAGCGUAUUAGGUAAUUUGUCAAUUAACCAUACAUACUUUAUGAAUAAUGUUUAGUCAUUAGCCUAUGCAACUCUUGUUUCUAAGUCAAGACUCAAGACAUUAAACCGAUAAUAAGAUAUAGGGUAGGGUUAAUACCUUAUUUUGGCCGGAACUAUGACCAUAUAAUCAACUUUGGCACGUGGUUUCAGAAAUUAACAUCUUGACCUCAACUAUGCAGCAUGUAAACUAAAUUAGCCCGACACAUGCUUUGACCGUCAAUUUGGACGGUCAACACCAUUGGCCGUUAGUCAACACGCCAUGUCAUUGCCUAGUCAGCCUAAAAAUCAUUAAAAUUUUGAAAUUCAAAUUAUUUUUCUAAUUAUUAUUAUUUAUCAUUUUGAAACUAAACAAAAAUUAAAUUUCAAAAAAUAUAUAAUAAAUUUUAUGUUUUAUCUUUUGGGACAUUUGAAAAUGAUAAAUUUUAUAAAUUAAAAAAAUUUAUCAAAUUAAAUUUUAUAAAUGUAUAAAAUAUAAAAAAACAUAAACAAAAUAAUAAAUUUUCUAAUUAACUUUUUUUAAUUUUUGUUAUUUAUCAGUAUCAAAGUAAACAAAAAAUUAAAAUUAUAAAUAUAAAAUAAUUUUUAUAUUUUAUAUUUUUGGUAAUUUUUAAAAUGAAACAUUUUAUAAAUUAUCAAAUUAUUAUAGAUUUUUUAUAUUACCCAAAAAUAAAAAGUAAAUAUAUAUUAUUUUUUUAAAUUUACCAUUUUCAAAUGUCCCAAAAGAUAAAACAUAUAAUUUUUUUUAUAUUUUUAAAAUUUUAAUUUUUAGUUUUUCAAAAUGAUAAAUAAUAAUAGUUAGAAAAAUAAUUUGAAUUUCAAUUUUUUAAUGAUUUUUAGACUGACUAUGCAAUGACACUGUGUGUUGACUAACAGUCAAUAGUGUUGACCGUCCAAAUUGACGGUCAAAGCAUGUGUCGGGCCAAUUUAGUCUAUAUGCUGCAUAGUUGAGGCUAGAAUGUUAAUUUCUGAAAUCACGUUAAAUUAGUGAAAUUUGUCCCCCCUGUCCGUGGAUUAGCUAGCACACAUUGUGUCAGUGAACCACGUUAAAUUCGUGUUCGUUUGUGUUGGUUUGGAUUGUCGUUUGCACGCUUUUAUUCUGACAAGUGGUAUCAGAGCCGCGGUUGAUCUUUGGGUUAUUUGAAACUGUCUUGACGGAUUUUGGAUCGCGCUCCUGGUUGAUCGGCUGGCAAUCGGCUAGGGAUUUUGGUGACUGCUGCGGUAUCAGGGGGCAGUCUUCGAUUUGGUUGGCGGAGAAGCCUUUAGUUUUUCUUCCUCCAAAUUUGGUUUGCGGUGGUUCGUGGUCUUCUGUCUCAAUUUGGAUUUGUGCGGGGUCGAUCUGAGAAAAUUUGAAUUUGGUGUUGGUGCUAAUUGGAGUUUGGAAGUAAAUUUGGAAUUAUUGC